AGCAAGAUAGGGUAGAGGACUGAACCUUGAGUCCACCCCUUUUUGCUUACUGCUUUGCUGCUCUUCCCUCUUCAGCCUCUCCUUUUCAUGAGAAACUACUGAACUUGGAAGAAAGGCUCUGCAUUUCCAUAGUCAUGGCACUCUUUUCUUCCCUCACACCAGUAUUUAUAGCCAUUAUAUGUGUUUUGAUUGGGGUAAUAAUGAAGAAAAGUGGAGAGAAGGAAAAACGUGACACUAAAAGCAAGCAUCCAUCUCGCCCGUGGGUGGAUGAAGAUUUAAAAGAUGGCACUGACCAUCCCUUAGAAGAAGAAGAGGGUGAGGAAGAGUGGCAAGGACUUGAAGAAAAUGUUGCUCAUGUCCCCUUCACUGGCGAGCGCUACUCUGAGGCUGAAAUGAUCGAGAGGUCACAGACAUUCUAUGAGCUUCUAAACAAGAGACGGUCUGUCAGGUUUCUCAGUGAUGAGCCAGUCCCCAGGGAGGUCAUUGAUAAUGUCAUCAGAACAGCAGGUACUUCACCUAGUGGAGCACACACUGAGCCCUGGACCUUUGUGGUAGUGCAAGAUCCAUAUUUAAAACAUAAGAUUCGUGAAAUUGUAGAAGAAGAAGAGGAAAUAAACUACAAAAAAAGGAUGGGAGACAGAUGGGUAAAUGACCUGAAAAGAUUGAGAACGAAUUGGAUCAAAGAGUACUUGGACACUGCUCCGUAUCUGAUCCUCAUUUUCAAGCAGGUGUAUGGGCGGCUUCCAAAUGGCAAAAAGAAGACCCACUACUACAAUGAAAUCAGUGUUUCCAUUGCAUGUGGUAUCCUGCUUGCUGCACUGCAGGUCUGCAUCUGAGAAGGUGAUUCCUACCCUCAGUACUGGUUAACAGGAAGAAAAAUAUAAUGUAGCUUCCAGAGUGGUCACUCUUUUCUUGGCACAGGCUUCAGCCCCUGUGGUUUCUGCCUUAUGCUAACAGGGCUGACAGGCUCCUCAGACUACUCAAGCACGACUGUGUGGUGCCACACUGGCCCCUUCUUUUCAGUAAUCCCUAUAAAACAGCUUGACACCAAACCACUUUUAGUAUACAAUGCUAAAAAAAAAUCAGGGACAUAUUCCACAGAACGCUGUACUAUUUCAAUCAGUCUUUUUGAGGCAUUUCUGAAAGUGCACUGAUCUCUAAAGCUCAGCAUGUUUGACACCAGCCAGUUAGAUUUUCUCAGCAGUUUCUCAGAGCUCAGUUCUGCUUCUUGUGCCUGAUGUACUCACACAAGUGUUAAAUAGAGAAGCUAUUCUGAUAGUUAACCUGGCCUGUCAGCAAGCUAACAGCAAGGUGCCUCCUCUUAUAUUAGGCCAACUUCCUACCAGGCACUGCCAUUUAUCCUCCAUUCUGUUUUGAAUGAGACUUUCUUUCAUGCAUUGCUCCUCCUCAGGCACCACUCAGCACCAUCACUGUUAGCUCUUCUCCUCUUGAGAAGAUCGUAGAGAUUACUAAACAUGACAGGUGCAUUUCCUGGGCACCUCUCCCUAGCUGACUUGCGUCUCAAAGCCUCCCAAAAUGCUUGCAUUGGGUACACAGAGACUGAAAUCCACAAGUGCAGCUCUCAGGAAGUGACUCAGCUGUGUGAUCACACCUUGGAUGAUGUCAGCUCUUUAUUGUUUGCCCAGAUUUUUUAGAGUUUUUGUGAUGUUUUGAAUGGAAGGAAGAGUGAUACAUAGACUUAUUUUGGGAUUCUGAUGUAAUCCAUAACAAUGGCCAGUGUGAGAGACGCCAACAGACUCCUGUGACAGCUUCUGAGGCAGAGCCUGUGUCCCCUCUCCCUGCGAGGUGUAGAUCUUGAGGAGGAGCUUGUGUGUUCACAAGGCUGUAAGGCAGCUUCCUGCCAGCUGGAUGGAGGCAAGAACCGAAAUAGUUCUCUGUAUGAGCCAGAUCGUAGAAUCACGAAUAGUUUGGUUUGGAAUGGCUGUUUCAAGACCAUCUAGUCCAAUCACCAGCACCAUGGGAUGACUUUCCAAUCGUAUCCCCACAACUGCCUCUCAACUUCCCUGUGGCCAUGUGUUCCCCAUCACACUGGCACAGCAGGCAGGCUCUGGCUCCACAGCACACAGACAUGGCACGCAGACUGUGCUGCUGCUGCUGUGGUGGUGGAGAAAUGCUCCACUUCUCUGUAAGCAGAGCAAGCAUCUUUCAUGGUGCCCCUGAGGCUGUUAGUAAAUCAGGUGCUCUAAAGGCUGCAGCAGGUCUGACAAAGCAGCAUUUCUGGGCCAGCUGACAGAAGGAUAUGUACAGGUGUGGUGGGAACAGCCACUACCACAAAAAGAGCACAGACCUCUGUCUCUGUUGCUGUGUGUCUUGCUGCAGAACGCGGGUCUGUACACAGUGACCUCCACCCCACUGAACUGCGGCCCCCAGCUGCGGGUGCUGCUCCAGCGGCCAGCGAACGAGAAGCUCCUGCUGCUGCUCCCCGUUGGCUAUCCCAGGAAAGAUGCCACCGUGCCUGCGCUGACACGGAAGCGGCUGGAAGACAUCAUGGUGGUGAUGUGAGCCCAGAGCCAGGGGAAGGAGAGCAACCCUGCUGACAGCUGAAGUUGUCACUGCAGUUUCUGUGCAUCAUCCCCCUAUGUUGCUGUUGCUCUUGCUGUUUGCACCUCUAUUUCUCUUUGUGCUCAUAAUCCUCUAACAGCAGUGAGCAGUCAAGCACUGUGCCUUGGACAGCUGCUGUUACUUGUCUGACCGGGGUGUUGUUGCAGGGAAUAUGUACAAUGGCAUUUAAACGAUCUCAGCACUUGAUUUUUCUCAUGCAUUUUGGGGACGAAUCUCCUCUUGACCUGGAAUAUAUAGUUUCUUUAUACUUCUGUGAUUGCCAUAACACAGUUAUUUUAAGAAUUUUAAUGAAGGUUGUAUUAAAAGACACAAAGAGAUCA